UCUCCUGGGCCGGGGGGAGGCCAGGGUCGCGCGGGUCCCCAUGGCUGGGGGCUGAGGGCCCGCCCCCCCCUCCUCCCCAGCCGCCACCACCUCCACCUCCCUUCCAUCCUCGGCAAGAUGCCUGCCCCCGGCGCCCUCAUCUUCCUCGCGGCCGUCUCCGCCUCCGGCUGCCUGGCGUCCCCGGCCCACCCCGAUGGAUUCGCCCUGGGCCGGGCUCCUCUGGCUCCUCCCUACGCCGUGGUCCUCAUUUCCUGCUCCGGCCUACUGGCCUUCAUCUUCCUCCUCCUCACCUGUCUGUGCUGCAAACGGGGUGAUGUCGGCUUCAAGGAGUUUGAGAACCCUGAAGGGGAGGAUUGCUCUGGGGAGUACACUCCCCCAGCGGAGGAGACCUCCUCCUCACAGUCUCUGCCUGAUGUCUACAUUCUCCCGCUGGCUGAGGUCUCCUUGCCGAUGCCUGCCCCGCAGCCAUCACACUCAGGUACUGCCCCACAUCUUGACUAGGAUUCUAUGGUCCUGAGAGUCUUCCCUCGGGCGCUAGGGAGCUGAGGCUCCAAGCAGCCAAGGGGAAAGGGGGAGGUGGGAGCCCCAGAAUCUUGACCCUAGAGGGAGUCAGAGAUGAUCUUGGUGGA